AUGCCCUUCCUGGAGGGGGUAGAGGUCUCCGACGAGCUGGCGGGAAUUGCGGGCCUAGGGAUGGGGGCGGAUUCGCUAGACAGCAGCAGCAGCAGCAGCAGCAGCAGCAGCAGCAAGGGUUCUUUCUUCUACGACCCUCAGCGAGACCCGCGCUUGAUGCAGCUGCAGCAGCAGCAGCACCACGCGCGGAUGCUGCGGCCUGCGCAGCAGGCGGGCCCGGCGAGAGCAGCAGCAGCAGCAGCAGCAGCAGCAAAGAAGGGAGAAGGCAGCAAACGGCAGCUAGUCUCCUUUGUCCUUGAUGAGGGGGCCCUAUUCCUCACGAGGCCCCAGGACUUGAGCCUCGAGAGUCCUUUGCCUUUAGAGCCCCUGCUGCAGGAGCCCGGAGCAGCUGCUGCUGCUGCCAAACCCUGCUGCUGGGCCAGCUGCCCCUCCGAGGGUUUGCGAGCUGCCUGGCGGCUGCCGCUGGAGCAGCUGAAGCCUUUGCUGCUGCUGGAGCGGCUGGCCCCCGAGGAGGAGCCUUGGAUUCCAGGGACCACGACGCUGGCAGUGCUGGGGCUGCCGCGGGAUGUCCGCAGGGGCCGUGCUGCAGCACUAAUAGCUGGGGCUUGGCUGCGGGCUUUGGGGGCCUCCCCAGAAGCAGCAGCAGAUGAGGGGGCCCCCAGGGGCCCCUAUUUGCUGCGGGAGGGGGCCCCCUCCCCCGCAGCAUCUCAGGAGUUCUUGGGGGAGCCCCACUCCGGCGGCGACAGCAGCAGCCAGCUGCAGCACCUGCAGCAGCACCUGCAGCAGCACCUGCAGCAGCAGCAGCAGCUGUGUCCGCCCCCUCCUUCUCCUUCUGACGAGCUUUCCGGCAUUGCAGAGCUCUUCGACAAGUACGGGGCUGGGGGCCCCCUGGGGGACGGCUUGGGGGCCCCCGGGGGGCUUUCGGGGGGCCCCCCUGUGUACGGCUACACGCUGGUGAUGCUGCCAGACCCCACUGGUCUUCGCGCGUAUUGUGAAGCAGCAGCAGCAACUUUUUCUUCGGCGGACUUGCUGCAAUGGUAUCCCGCCGAGCUGGCCUGGCUGGAGGGCUUCCCCCCGUAG